GUGAGUGUGAAUGUACGUGGAGUCUUUUUCACCCGGCAUGGCCUUUAGAGUCUACUCUAUGACCAAGAGGGAGGGGAAAGUCAUACAACGACACAGCCAAUCAUAGAUUAGCUUUUUAGGCUUGUAAGACUUUAGUGGAAGUGGCAAAAGCCAGUCUUAAAAAAAAAAUCCCCCCAAAAAAUCCAGAAUGCCUUUUACACCAUCUGGCUUCUUCUGUGACCGGCUGAUUCGGGAGAGAGAGAGAAGAGACGGAGAAGGAAGCCUCAGCAAGCCCCUGCGUUUCAGCGGACAGGACUUUGCCGCGCUGAAACAGGAGUGCCUCACCAAGAAGUGCCUGUUUGAGGAUGACACGUUCCCAGCCUCCGUGGAGUCUCUGGGAUACAAGGAGCUGGGACACAAGUCCAACAAGGUGAAGAACAUCGUCUGGAAGAGACCCAAGGAAAUCUGUGAGAACCCUCAGUUCAUUGUGGGCGGAGCCAGCAGGACAGACAUUUGCCAGGGAGACCUUGGUGACUGCUGGCUGCUGGCUGCUAUAGCCUGUUUGACUCUGAAUGAGAAGCUCCUCUACCGGGUCAUUCCUCAGGAACAGAGCCUCUCCGAGGGAUAUGGAGGAAUCUUCCACUUCCAGUUCUGGCGCUACGGCGACUGGGUUGACGUUGUCAUCGACGACCGCAUCCCCACCUUCAACAACCAGCUGGUGUUCACCAAGUCUGCCGAGAGGAACGAGUUCUGGAGCGCCCUGCUGGAGAAGGCCUACGCCAAGCUGCACGGAUCCUAUGAGGCCCUGAAGGGCGGUAACACCACAGAGGCCAUGGAAGACUUCACCGGGGGCGUGACAGAGUUCUAUGAGAUGAAGGAGGCACCCAAGGAACUGUACAAGAUCAUGAAGAAGGCCCUGGAGAGAGGCUCUAUGAUGGGCUGCUCUAUCGACUCCCUGGUUCCUGCUCGCUUUGAGACCCGUACUGUGACUGGACUUGUGAAGGGCCACGCCUACUCGGUGACUGCCGUUGAGGAGUGUAAGCAGUCCCAGCACAAGACGUCUAAGGUGCAUCUGGUGCGCCUCAGGAACCCCUGGGGUCAGGUGGAGUGGAACGGGCCCUGGAGUGACAACUCUAAGGAGUGGGUAUCUCUGUCUAAGGGAGAGAAGGACAAGCUCCGGCAUCAGAGUGCUGAGGACGGUGAGUUCUGGAUGUCCUUUGAGGACUUCAAGAAAAACUACACCAAGAUUGAGAUCUGCAACCUGACCCCUGAUGCCCUGGAGGACGAUAAGAUCCACAAGUGGACGGUGUCUGUGAACGAGGGUCGUUGGGUCAGAGGCUGCUCUGCCGGGGGCUGCAGGAACUACCCAGAUACAUUCUGGACCAACCCUCAGUUCCGUCUCUGUCUCCUGGAGGAGGAUGACGACUCAGAGGACAACGAGGUGGCGUGUUCCUUCGUGGUCUCUCUGAUGCAGAAGAACAGACGGAAAGACAGGAAGUUGGGAGCCAAUCUCUUCACCAUCGGAUUUGCCAUCUAUGAGGUGCCGAAGGAGAUGCACGGCAACAAGCAGCACAUGCAGAAGGACUUCUUCCUGUUCAACUCAUCCAAGGCUCGCUGCAAGUCCUACAUCAACCUGAGGGAGGUGACCCAACGCUUCCGUCUGAGCCCCGGGGAGUACGUGAUCAUCCCGUCUACCUACGAGCCUCACCAGGAGGGAGAGUUCAUCCUCAGAGUCUUCUCCGAAAAGAGGAACACCUCAGAGGAGAUAGAGAACAGGAUCGAGGCAGACCAUCCAGUGCCGGCCCCAGCCAAUGCAGGGGAGGAGAGUGAGGAAGACCAGCAGUUCCGGAGCAUCUUUCAGCAGAUAGCCGGGGAUGAAAUGGAAAUAACCGCCAACGAGCUGAAGAAUGUACUCAACAGGGUUGUCUCCAAAUAUAAGGACCUGAACACAGAGGGUUUUAGCCUGGAGUGCUGCAGGAGCAUGAUUGCACUCAUGGACAUGGACGGGACUGGCAGACUCAACCUGCAGGAGUUCAGACAUCUCUGGAACAAGAUCAAACAGUGGCAGGGAAUCUUUCAACACUAUAGCUCGGACCAGGCUGGUAUCAUCAACAGCUACGAGAUGAGAAAUGCCAUCAACGAUGCAGGCUUCCGUCUCAACAACCAGCUGUAUGACAUCAUCACCAUGCGUUACGCCAACGAGGGCAUGAACAUCGACUUUGACAGCUUCAUCAGCUGUCUGGUCCGGCUCGAAGCCAUGUUCAGGGCGUUCCAGGCCUUUGAUCAGGAUGGUAUGAUCAGACUUAGUGUCUUGGAGUGGCUCCAGUUGACCAUGUAUGCCUAGAUUGCCAGACAGGUCUUCUCAGCCGGAUGACCUCCCAGGUCUCUGGCUUCUCUAAUUUCCUCUCCUGACCAUGUCCCAGUAUUGCUGAAACAGUCUCUUCUGAGUCGGCCAUGUUUUUUUGUAACACCCCCCACACUCCUUACCAGAUAUACCGUUCUCUCUCUCAGGCAUUAAACACACAUAACCUCUCUUUUUCUGUCACCAUACCUCACAGAGCCACCUCUCCAUAACCCAUCGAAUAUCUCUUAAAAUAUUCUGUUUUAUUUACACUACUCCAACCCUCCCCUAUCCUACCGACUGAAUAGGUUCCCUCGUUACCACCUACCACCCUCGACGUCUCCCCUAUUCCACCUACCACCCUUAUCGUCUCCCCUAUACCACCUACCACCCUCAACGUCUCCCCUAUACCACCCUUAACGUCUCCCCUAUACCACCCUUAACGUCUCCCCUAUACCACCUACCACCCUCGACGUCUCCCCUAUACCACCUACCAUCCUCAGUCUCCCCUAUACCACCUACCACCCUCAACGUCUCCCCUAUACCACCUACCAUCCUCAAAGUCUCCGCUAUACCACCUACCACCCUCAACGUCUCCCCUAUACCACCUACCACCUUCGACGUCUCCCCUAUACCACCUUCGACGUCUCCCCUAUACCACCUACCACCCACGACAUCUCCCCUAUACCACCUACCACCCUCAACGUCUCCCCUAUACCACCUACCACCUUCGACGUCUCCCCUAUACCACCUACCACCUUCGACGUCUCCCCUAUACCACCUACCACCCACGACAUCUCCCCUAUACCACCUACCACCCUUACCGUCUCCCCUAUACCACCUCCACCCACGACGUCUCCCCUAUACCACCCUCAACGUCUCCACUAUACCACCCUUAACGUCUCCCCUAUACCACCUACCAUCCUCGACGUCUCCCCUAUACCACCUAACACCCUCAACGUUUCCCCUAUACCACCUACCACCCUCGACGUCUCCCCUAUACCACCUACCAUCCUCGACGUCUCCCCUAUACCACCUACCACCCUCAACGUCUCCCCUAUACCACCUACCACCCUCGACGUCUCCCCUAUACCACCUACCACCCUCGACGUCUCCCCCAUGCCACCUACCACCCUCGACGUCUCCCCUAUACCACCUACCACCCUCGACGUCUCCCCUAUACCACCUACCACCCUCGACGUCUCCCCUAUACCACCUACCACCCUCAACGUCUCCCCUAUACCACCCUCAACAUCUCCCCUAUACAUCCCUCAACAUCUCCCCUAUACCACCUACCACCCUUACCGUCUCCCCUAUACCACCUACCACCCUCGACGUCUCUCCUAUACCACCUACCACCCUCGACGUCUCCCCUAUACCACCUACCACCCUUACCGUCUCCCCUAUACCAGUCUCAACAUCUCCCCUAUACCACCUACCACCCUCGACGUUUCCCUAUACCACCCACGUCGUCUCCCCUAUACCACCUACCACCCUCGACGUCUCCCCUAUACCACCUACCACCCUCGACGUCUCCCCUAUACCACCUACCACCCUCGACGUCUCCCCUAUACCACCUACCACCCUCAACAUCUCCCCUAUACCACCCUCAACGUCUCCCCUAUACCACCCUCAACGUCUCCCCUAUACCACCCUCAACGUCUCCCCUAUACCACCUAUCAUCCUUAACAUUUGAUAACCCACCCUGACACGAUGCGCUGUCAAGUACCUUCUCCAAAUCGCUCCAGUGAAGACCACGGUUCUCUCAUGGCCAAUGGAUGAACUGGAGAUGUUGGAAAAGGACCAGUUCUUCCUUCCUUCAGUCUUGGACUUCCUGACUCAACACCGGACUGGUUGGUCCGUGGGAAUUGGAACAAACCCCCCUAUCAGCUCUGAAACACUGGUGUCAGAGAAACGGCUAUAGAAUCCAAUGGAUGGAUGAGACGCAGAAUGGGACAGACAGAACCUGCCAACAACAUUCCUCCCUCUUACCCUCCGCUGUACGACCAGGACCAGGCAGAACCCUCCCUAGCUCCUCCUCCUCACCCCCCGCUGUACGACCAGGACCAGGCAGAACCCUCCCUAGCUCCUCCUCCUCACCCCCCGCUGUACGACCAGGACCAGGCAGAACCCUCCCUAGCUCCUCCUCCUCACCCCCCGCUGUACGACCAGGACCAGGCAGAACCCUCCCUAGCUCCUCCUCCUCACCCCCCGCUGUACGACCAGGACCAGGCAGAACCCUCCCUAGCUCCUCACCCUCCGCUGUACGACCAGGACCAGGCAGAAACCUCCCUGGCUCCUCACCCUCCGCUGUACGACCAGGACCAGACAGAAGCUUCCCUAGCCUGCUGAAGAGCUCCCUACAGGGUGGGUUCAACAUGUGGAGUUGUGAAUGACUAUUGGGUUGGACUUGUUGUGGUUUUUAAAGUUUUGGUCAAAUGAGUGUAAUGCAUUUUUAAACAUUUUAACCCAAUAAAUAAUUGUGUAGUUAUUGGUUGGA